AUGGGAGUACCAGACAUGGGAGUACCAGACAUGGGAGUACCAGACAUGGGAGUACCAGGGGAGUACCAUGGAGUACCAGACAUGGGAGUACCAGACAUGGGAGUACCAGGCAUGGGAGUACCAGACAUACCAGACAUGGGAGUACCAGACAUGGGAGUACCAGACAUGGGAGAGUACCAGAGUACAGACCUGGGAGUACCAGACAUGGGAGUACCAGACAUGGGAGUACCAGACAUGGGAGUACCAGACAUGGGAGUACCAGACAUGGGAGUACCAGACAUGGGAGUACCAGACAUGGGAGUACCAGACAUGGGAGUACCAGACAUGGGAGUACCAGACAUGGAAGUACCAGACAUGGGAGUACCAGACAUGGGAGUACCAGACAUGAUAGUACCAGACAUGAUAGUACCAGACAUGGUAGUACCAGACAUGAUAGUACCAGACAUGGGAGUACCAGACAUGGUAGUACCAGACAUGAUAGUACCAGACAUGAUAGUACCAGACAUGGUAGUACCAGACAUGGGAGUACCAGACAUGGGAGUACCAGACAUGAUAGUACCAGACAUGGGGGUACCAGACAUAAAUAAACGAGAUUAA